GCGCAUCUCUGACGCCAUACGCGUGCGCCGCCCUAGGCGCUUGCCUGGGGAAACAGCAAAACUACCAUGGCAAGUUCGGCCCCUUCUGCAGCUCGACCACCAAGACCAAAGAAAGAGCCACAGACUCUCGUGAUCCCCAAAAAUGCGGCGGAAGAGCAGAAGCUCAAGCUGGAGCGGCUCAUGAAGAACCCGGACAAAGCUGUACCAAUUCCAGAAAAAAUGAGUGAAUGGGCACCUCGACCUCCCCCAGAAUUUGUCCGAGAUGUUAUGGGUUCAAGUGCUGGGGCUGGCAGUGGGGAGUUCCAUGUGUACAGACACCUGCGCAGGAGGGAGUACCAGCGGCAGGACUACAUGGAUGCCAUGGCGGAGAAGCAAAAAUUGGAUGCAGAGUUUCAGAAGAGACUGGAAAAAAAUAAACUUGCUGCAGAGGAGCAGACUGCAAAGCGUCGGAAAAAGCGCCAGAAGUUAAAAGAGAAGAAACUGCUGGCAAAGAAGAUGAAACUUGAACAGAAGAAACAGAAGGAAGGGAUGGAACUCACGACUGCACACUUGCAAGAGUUUCACUUUGCAUUUUGAGCUGGUCUUGAGCUGACUUUGUAUCCCAGGCUGGCCUCCAACUCACAGUGAUCCUCCUGCCUCAGCGUCCGAUAUGCUGGGAUUAUAGAUGUGUACCACUGUGCCCAGUGUGCUAAAGUUCCUUAAAGCUCCUUUCCUAACCCUUUGAUUAUCCUGCAGCUUUUAGUAGCCAGCCCCCACCCCCCAUUUUGUAGUGCUGGGAAUUGAAACAAUGCCUUCACACUAAGCUGCAGCCCUAGUUGUUUUUGCAACAAGAUCUCACUAAGUCAUUAAGUUGAAUUUGUGAUCUUCCUGCUCACCUCCCAAAGUGCUGAAUUGCAAGCAUAUGAAAUCGGGCCCAGCUUCUCGUUACCCUUCCUUAAUUUGUCCAGAGCUAUAAAGAAUGUUCAGGAUCAUACUAGUACUUUUGAGUACACCUCCUUCAAGGCCUCCACCUUGUUUAAAACAGCCUUGCCUCUCCCCUGCCUUGUGCUUCACAAUUUGGGCAGAAAGAAAGAUGUCUAUGGACAUCCCACUGUGGUACUGUACCAUGGAGCGCUGUGGCUUUCAAAAUGGGGAUUAUGAGCCUUUCUCAUCACUAAGGCAGGAAUUCAGUUUGUAGCUAUCUUUGUAAAAAUAGGGAUAAAGUAGGCUGAAAAAUAUCACAGUGCAUCACAUUGAAUAAAUACCGUUUUCUGAAAUUUUCUCUCGGUUUCUGCGUGGACUCUGGGCUACAGUCAGACCAGUGUGCAGAUCUUUGGUCUGGUUUGUGAGCCCUACUCAGCUGCAAAGGCAGCAGUUUGUACCAGGUAAAUAGGAGUGUUACAGCAGUAACUGUCAUAAAACUGGCGUGUAUUUUUUUCCUUAUUUUUCGCUUUCAUUUUUUUCCUUAUUUUUCUUCUUGUGAGAGAGUAACAUGACUUCUGGUUCUCCCACUGAAUGAAUAGGAAUUAAUGUCUUAGUUGCACCACAGAGUAGCCCUGGUGCACCACUGGGGGAGUAGGGGGAGCUCCAAUCACUCUCUUUCCUGUUCUAAAAAGCAGUGAGGGGCCGCCGGCCAGCAGUUGUGUUCUGUUCUGCUGUGUCAUUGGAGAGGCAGUGUCACUGCUUGGUCUCUGUGCUGAUCCAGUGACUGUGGAACUCACAUCUAGAUGAUGGCAUGAAGCCAAUUUGGAUUAUUCUGAAACCUGGAACUUACAAAGUGAUAUAUUUUACAUGAGUCUUAGUUAUGCUAGCAGACCUGCCCGCCACAGAAAGCCAGGGUGGCCCUGAGGUGAUUUGUUGCUAGGUGCUCCUGUACUGUUUUUCAGCCUUGUCCAUUUUGCUGGAAUGUUUGUUGGGAGGGGCUGCGCCCUGUUUUUAACAGCACCCUGGCCUCUGCCCACUAGAUGCAGCACCCAUCUUUCCCCCAGGCAUUGCUGUCAAAGAUGCCUUCAAGAUUACUGGGACAGACAGGACAGAAUUCCCACCACCUGAGAAAUAAGGAUUUAGAAGCACUCUCCUCGGGUUUUAAGUUGCACUGUUAGGUACAAAGCUAAAUUUGAAAGCUGCUGUUACAGUCGGAGGGUGCUGGUCUGUCUACGCAUCUCAGCAAGGUCAUAAACUUCAUAUCAAUAAAAAAUUAGAGAUUAAUUUUUUUUUUAAAAGAGGGAAAACAAAAAUAUUUGCAGGAGAGGAGAGGAAAGAAAGCCACCCUAGGAGAGAGGAGUAGAGAGAGGGUCCAGAGCCCAAAAUUCCAAGGGCCUUUGCUUUCAGCUCUAUUACUGUGGCAGGCACAUACCCCAGCCCCAACCCCACAACUUGUCACAACCUGAUUGGCUGUUGUAGGCCCCAGGGCCUUUAAUUUGGCCAUCACUGUCUACAUGCAAACUCUUAAAUAGGUUUUAUUUGGUUUUUAUUGUCCUGUCAGACUCUGUCAAGUGUAGAAAAUCACAUGUGUGUAUGCCUGUCCGGAUGUGGGUGUAGACUUUAUAGAGUGAGAGAGUUUUCUGUUGUGUAGCCCCGCCCCUCCUCUUUCCUUUGCUGAACUGCGCAGAGGGGCUGGCAACUCAUAGCCAGGUGCCUGGAGCUGCUCUUCUGGCUCUCAGCUCUGGCUUCGCAGAAUUGCUUCCUCCAGCAGGGAUUUAACUCUUUCCAGUCAGGACUUGACACAAAGCAGCUUAUUGGGGUGUUCAUCUUAUUAUUUUCUUUGCCUGUCUCCCCCUCUUUUUUUUUUCUCAUGGUGCUGGGGAUGGGAUUCAGGGCUGUGCAUGUUAAACACUCACGGUCUACAGCUGUGCCCCCAGCCCUCCUUUUUGUCUUUUGAGAGAAAAGAUAGUUUAAAAUUUAAAAAAAUUUUUGAAUAUGCAGAAAAUAAAGUCAAAAUUGCUGCCUGUAUUCAUUAGGUAAAAUAAGUGUAACAUUUUAACAUCAUUUCUGUAACUUCGCUUUUUCAUGUGUAAUCUUUAUUUAUGUUAAUACCAUAAUUAUAGUUGUACUGUUUUAUCCCUAA